UUCUAUCACGCCAAUAACCUUAAACCAAAAACCCCAAUUAUUAAAAACCCUCUUCCAAAACCCUAACAAAACCUUGAACCAAUCUUCCAUUUCUUUACAUUUCCCCCAAAAUUGAAACCAUUUCACAAAACCCCAUUUCAGAAAAAUGAGCUCCAAAUUAUUUGUGAUCCUAAAUCGACUAAAUUCAAGGCUAAAUCAAGCUCAAAUUUCAUUAGAAUCAGCUAUAGUUGGGAGCUCUAAUUUGAUCAUCAAUGAAAAUAGAAGCUAUUACACAAGUAGAACAAUAGGUAAACAAGGGAAAGAGAGCUUGUAUGCAAAGAUAAGCCCUUUAGGAAGUCCUGGAAUCAGCAUUAAACCAGAGCUUGAUGGUUGGGUUGAAAAGGGUUAUAAAAUUAGGGUUGCUGAGUUGUUGAGAAUCAUUCAUGAUCUUCGCAAACGCAAGCGAUUUACUCAAGCUCUUGAGGUCUUAGAAUGGAUGAACACCAAAGAGGUCUGUAAAUUCACACCAACUGAACAUGCAGUACAAUUGGAUCUCAUUGGUAGAGUCCGUGGAUUUCUGUCUGCAGAGAGCUAUUUCAAUAGUUUACUUGACCAAGAUAAAACCGAUAAGACAUAUGGUGCUCUUCUUAACUGUUACGUGCGACAACGCCAACUUGACAAGUCCUUGUCGCACUUGCGAAAGAUGAAGGAGAUGGGAAUUGCAUCUACAACUCUCACUUAUAAUGACAUUAUGUGCCUAUACACAAAUAUAGGACAGUAUGAAAAGGUCCCAGAGGUGCUAGCUGAAAUGAAGGAAAACAAGGUUUUGCCUGAUAAUUACAGCUACAGACUUUGCAUCAAUUCAUUUGGAGCAAAAUCUGAUUUCGAGGCAGUGGGAUAUAUUUUGAAAGAAGCAGAAACUCAACCUCACAUGGCAGUGGACUGGAACACCUAUGCAGUCGCUGCCAAUUUUUUCAUUAAAGCAGGUAACACUGACAAGGCAAUCGAUGCCUUGAAGAAGGCAGAGGUCAGAGUAGAUAAGAAAGAAGGUACUGGCUUCAAUCAUCUGAUUUCUCUUUAUGCCAAACUACAAAAGAAGGAUGAGAUCUUAAGGUUGUGGGAACUCGAGAAGAGUGCUUGUAAGAGAUGUAUCAACCGUGAUUAUAUUAAUGUAUUGGAGUCUCUUGUGAGGACGGGUGCAGUAAAAGCAGCUGAGGAAGUGCUGAAGGAAUGGAAAUUAUCUAAUAAUUGCUUUGAUGUCCGAGUUCCUAAUAUUGUCAUUGCAGCUUAUUUAGAUAAGGGAAUGCUGGAGGAAGCUGAGGCAAUGCUUGUGUCAGAUAAGGAAAAGGGUUGUAGUCCGAACACUUGGGGAUUAUUAGCAGCAAGGUACCAGGAGAAGGGUGAGAUGCAAAAGGCAAUCAGCUGCAUGAAGGCUGGCUUGUCAUUUUAUGUAGAGAAUAAAGGUUGGAAACCAAGUAAACAAGUCAUUUACAGUCUUCUUAAUUGGAUUGGUGAUGAAGGUAGUGUUGAAGAUGUAGAAUCUUAUGUCAGAUUAUUGAGAAAUGCAGUUCCCGUGAAUAGACAUAUGUAUUAUGCUCUAAUUAAGGCUCAUGUUCGAGAUGGCAAGGAUGUCGAUGAGCUUUUGCAGGAGAUGAAGGCUGACGGCGUUAAAGAAGAUGAAGAGAUGAAAAAGAUUAUACAAACGAAAACUUGAUCACUUCAUGAUCACGCUGUUCACAGAAGCUAGUAUAGUGAUUUAGUCAUUUAGGCGAUGCAGCUACUGCAUAUUCGAGGAUGAAGCGCACUUUUUAACUGCAUCUGAAACCAUGUUGGCAUGCCUGAUUGUCAAAUUUCACAAGUGAUCAUACCUUUUCAGGUCGUUACUUUCAUAAUAUUUCCCUCCUUUUCUGUACUGUCGCUAAUUUGAGAAGAGAAAACUUCUCGAAGGUUGUGAUCUGAUGUAAUCUUGAACUAGGAAUGAUAGAUCGCUGGAGAAAAUUAUCAAUUCACAUGGUUUAUAUUGUAAGCAUUUGAAAUUCAAUCAAUAAAAAUCAUUUUGAUUGCAGAA